AUCAAUAAUACAAUACGAGACGUACACAUACCUCCUCUUUCUCUCUUUCUCUCCCUCCUUUCCCUUCCUCUCCGUCUCUAUCUCUUUCUUCCCAAUCAUCGCCUCCUGCUUGUCUCCCCGUUCUUCCCGCAAUUCUUAAUUCGUAUCCAAACACCAGCUUCUCUUUCCAUUUUUUUCGAAAUUCUCGUCGGGAUUUUCUCGGGAAAGUAAGGGUUAGGGUUUGGGAGGGAAGCGAGAUGAGCUUUCGGGAUCUGGAAGCAGGAAGGGGCUUGGGUUUUUCAAGGCGUGACAUCGUCAAUGGCAAGCAGGACCCAACCCAAGCCGUGGCCUCAGGCAUUUUCCAGAUCAACACCGCCGUAUCCACCUUUCAGAGGCUCGUCAACACCAUCGGUACCCCCAAGGACACGCCCGAGCUCCGCGAAAAGCUGCACAAGACAAGACUACAUAUUGGUCAAUUGGUGAAGGAUACUUCAGAAAAACUUAAACAAGUUAGUGAAAGAGAUCAUCAUACUGAAGUCAAUGCGAGCAAGAAGAUUACAGAUGCUAAGCUUGCAAAAGAUUUUCAAGCAGUGCUGAGAGAAUUUCAGAAGGCUCAACGGCUUGCAGCUGAGAGAGAAACAGCAUAUGCUCCUUUUGUUCCCCAAGCAGUUCUUCCGUCCAGCUACACUGCUAGUGAGAUAGAUAUAAGCUCAGAUAAGAGUCCCGAACAGCGUGCCCUCCUUGUGGAAUCUAGAAGACAGGAGGUCGUGCUAUUGGACAAUGAGAUUUCCUUCAAUGAGGCUAUCAUUGAGGAAAGAGAACAAGGAAUACAAGAAAUCCAGCAGCAAAUUGGUGAAGUGAAUGAGAUUUUUAAAGAUCUUGCUAUAUUGGUUCAUGAGCAAGGAACCAUGAUUGAUGAUAUAGGCUCCAAUAUUGAGGGUGCCCACGCUGCUACUGGCCAGGCAAAGUCCCAACUUGUUAAGGCCUCAAAGACCCAAAGAUCAAAUUCAUCUCUGACUUGCUUGCUCUUGGUAAUAUUUGGAAUCGUGCUUCUCAUUGUGAUAGUAGUACUUGCCGCUUAAUCGUUGGAAAAAGUCAAGAUGUGCUCUCAGGAACCCGUAUGAUAAUUUCUCUAAUGGGUUGUCUCUUGGGAUAUAAUGCCUAACUCGAGUUUUCGCUGUAUUAUAAGUUGGUAUAUAGUGGGUGGGUAGCCUUAACAAUAUAUCUGGUUGUUUUGGUUGGUUUUGGUUAUGUGGGAUGUGUUUUUUUUUCUUCUUCUUAUUCUGUAAGUUGGUGUUUGGGGCUUCUGAUGGUGUUCUUUAUCUAAUGAUAUAAAUAUUGAUAAAUUUCAUAAUUCUUUGGGUUGGUGUGCAUCUGCCAGAUUUUAUUUUGUCACUCGAUUAGAAAAUUGUGAAUUGGAGUUCACUUUAUGGUC